CAAAGGUAAUCCCAUCCUCUUUGAAUCUGUAGCUCAAAGAUUUAUGUCAGUUUCAAUCUCUCAUAUUUGAAGAUCUAAUUACGACCCAUCAAAUUAUAGAGCUAUGCCUUUAUCAAUUCUGGUUCUUGUUCUGAAUCUGGUUCUGGGUCAUUGAGAUCUUCCAUGGGCGGCUGGAGAAUGUUAAGGAAAAUAUGCCCAUCAAAACGUGCAUUUCCUUCCAUCAAUCCACUAUAUUUCACAACUUCAAUUACCAACAAUCAAUUGAACGAGCCUUUGUUACAAAUGGCUGUUCGAGGACAUAACAUGAAGUUUGAUGACUACAACAAAAUCUUGAAUGACUGUGUGGAUCUUAGCGCCUUCAGAGAAGGGCAAAGGGUUCAUGCCCACAUGAUCAAAACACACUAUUCUCCAUCUGUUUUCCUCAGCACUAGAUUAAUUGUGUUUUACAAGAAGUGUGACUAUCUUGAUGAUGCACGUAGAGUGCUCGACGAAAUGCCUGAGACAAAUGUCGUCUCUUGGACUGCAAUGAUAACUGGUUAUUCGCAAAAGGGUUUAACUUCUGAAGCAUUGAAUCUCUUUGUUGAGAUGUUAAGAUCAUGUAUUGGAUUUGGACCAAAUCAAUUCACCUUCACAACUGUGCUUACUUCUUGCAUUGGUGAUUUGGGUUUCCAUCAUGGAACACAAAUCCAUUCUUUAUUAGUUAAGAGUGGUUUUGAAUACCAUAUAUUUGUUGGAAGCUCACUUCUUGAUAUGUAUGCUAAAUCAGGCAAAAUUCAUGACGCGCAUCGUGUGUUCGAUGAUAUGCCUGAAAGGGAUGUGGUUUCUUGUACAGCUUUAAUCUCCGGUUAUGCUCAAUUAGGUCUUGAUGAAGAGGCAAUCCAAGUUUUUCGGAAGUUUCGAACGGAGGGGAUGAGUUGUAAUUAUGUCACGUAUGCAAGCCUCUUAACCGCGAUAUCUGGAUUAGCUGCAUUCGAUCAUGGAAAGCAAGUUCAUAAUCAAAUAAUUCGUACUGAAUUACCUAAUGCUGUUGUUCUUCACAAUUCCCUGAUUGAUAUGUACUCGAAAUGCGGAAGCCUCUCCUAUGCCAGAACCAUAUUCAACAACCUUAAUGAAAACAAAAAUGUAAUCUCGUGGAAUGCAAUGCUCGUGGGAUACAGUAAGAACGGGUUAGUAAACGAGGCGGAAGAGCUUUUCGAGAGAAUGAAAGAAGAGAAUACAAUUAGGCCUAAUAACGUGACAUAUUUAGCCAUGCUAUCGAGUAGUGGGCAUGGAGGAAAUGACGAAAGAGGUAUGGAGAUUUUCGAAGAGAUGCUUGUGAAUAGGAUCGAGCCGGAGAUUGAACAUUACGGUUGUGUGGUUGACUUGCUUGGGCGGUCUGGUCAGAUAUCAAGGGCAGUUGAGUUUAUUAAACAUAUGCCAAUCGAACCAACAGCUGCCAUUUUGGGUUCCUUGUUGGGUGCUUGUCGGGUUCAUUCAGAAGUCGGGCUUGGAGAGGUUUUAGCUAAGAAACUUGAAGAACUAGAACCCGAGAAUGCAGGAAACUAUGUGAUUCUUUCGAAUUUAUACGCGUCAGCUGGACGAUGGGAGGAUAUGAGGAAUUUACGAAAAAGGAUGAACGAGAAGGCAGUGAUGAAAGAACCGGGGAGAAGUUGGAUUGAGAUUAAUAGGACGGUUCAUACGUUUCAUGCUAGUGAUGUUUCUCAUCCAAUGAAGGAUGAAGCAUUUGAGAAGGUUAGGGAAAUGUUAGUGAGGAUUAAGGAAGCUGGUUAUGUUCCUGAUUUGGGAUGUGUUGGAUAUGAUGUGGAUGAGGAACAAAAGGAGAAGAUUUUGUUGGGACAUAGUGAAAAGCUUGCGUUGGGUUUUGGGAUGAUUUAUUCUUGUUCCGAGGUUGGUGGAAAGGCGAUAAGGAUUAUGAAGAAUUUAAGGAUUUGCGUCGAUUGUCAUAGUUUUGUGAAAUAUGUUUCGAAAGUUUAUGGAAGGGAGAUAUAUUUGAGGGAUACUAAAAGGUUUCAUCAUUUUGUAGGUGGGAUUUGUUCAUGUAAAGACUAUUGGUGAUUAUUUGAUUUA